AUGACGCCAGAAGCUAGCGCCAACUGGUUCUCACUCUGCUGGUUUGCCUGGAUCGAUCCCAUCCUUACCGCUGGAUACACGAGACCAAUGGAGAAGGACGAUCUCUAUCUCCUUCAGCCACAUCGUUGUUCGGAACAUCUUGGCUCUCAGCUUCUGGCAGCACUCGAGAAGAGGCGCAAACAGCGACAGGACUAUGUGGAGGCAAAUCCCAACAAAACAGACAAGCCAGCCAAGAUUCCUCCGCUCAUGUGGGCAAUGAACGACAUUGUGUUUCGCUACUUCUGGAUCGGAGGCUUGCUCAAGCUUUUGGCUGACGUGGGUACCAUCACAAGUCCACUUCUCGUUCGAGCUCUCAUCAACUUUGGUAGAGAUUCAUACAAUCUCCGUGGUGAUCGCGACCAAGCUCCUAACCUGGGAAGCGGGGUCGGUCUUGCUAUCGGUUUGUUCCUGGUACAGGCGCUGUGUGUCUUUCUCAACGUGCAUGCAUUCAAUCGUGGCUUCGGUACCGGCAUUAUCCUUCGUGGUGCGCUAAUUCAAGCCAUCUUCCAACGAGGCAUGAACCUCUCGACACGAGCAAGGACGGUGGGCGGUCUCGGAGUCAGCAAACUUGUGACUCUCAUCAGUGCCGACGCGACUCGUAUCGACUAUGCUGGUCAAUUCUUCCAUAUGGCCUGGACGAGCGCGGUGCAGAUCAUCAUCUGUGUGGCGCUAUUGAUUUGGAGUCUUUCCUAUAGUGCGCUACCGGGAAUUGCGGUCUUGGUUCUCAUGAGCCCUAUACAGACUGCCAUCACAAAACGUCUCUUUGCACUUCGCAAGAAGAGCAUGGUUUGGACCGACAAGCGCAACAAAGCAGUUAACGAAGUGGUAGGAGGUAUCCGUGUUGUCAAGCAGUUUGCGUGGGAGGAGCCUUACUCGGUUCGUAUUGCAGAGCUACGUCGCAAGGAAAUGUCUUUUCAUCGAGUCCGCCUGUAUCUGCGCUCUCUCAACCUUGCAUUGGCUUUCGCUACGCCGACCAUUGCCACCGUCCUUAGCUUUGUCACCUACGCGCUCGUCGGUAAUGAGCUGGAUGCUGCUAUUCUGUUCUCCUCGCUCUCGUUCUUCACCUUGCUCCGUACACCGCUGCAAUUCUUGCCGAUCGCUUGGAAUGCAAUCGUGGACGCAAAGAACGCCGCCGACCGCAUCGAAAAGGUCUUUGAUGCCGAGAUUCAGCGGGAUCAGAUCAUCCGAGAUUGCAGCGCCACAAACGGCAUCCAGCUUGAAGACGCCAGCUUCACCUGGGAGACCGCUCAAGCAGCAGACACGGCCAAACCCGUCAACGAGAAGAAGGGUCAGGAUAGUCCUUCGAACGAGAAGGAAACGCCAGUUGACCGAGCCUCAACCCUCGACUCUCUCAACCUUACGGUCCCUCGCGGAACACUAUGCGCUAUCGUAGGUGGCGUCGGCAGCGGCAAGAGCUCUCUUAUUUCGGCUUUGGCAGGCGAAAUGCGUCAGAUUGCAGGCAAAGUGACACUCUCGGGCUCCACAGCUGUGUGUGCCCAAACCGCAUGGAUACAGAGCACUACGAUCCGCAACAACAUUGUCUUUGGCAAUGCGUUCGACCCGGAGCGCUAUCGCUACGUACUCGAAGUAUGCUGCUUGCUCCCGGACUUGGAUACGUUGGCCGAUGGCGAUCAGACUAUUGUUGGAGAGAAAGGCGUCUCGCUCUCUGGAGGCCAGAAACAGCGUCUUAACAUUGCUCGAGCGCUUUAUCACAACAGCGAGAUUGUGCUGCUGGACGACUGCCUCUCUGCACUCGACGCACGUGUCGGGGCCGACAUCUUCGCCAACGUUAUCGCAGGUGAUGCGAUGGCUGGAAAGACCCGGUUGUUGGUGACGCAUUCUCUCAAUGUCCUUCGCUCGUGUGACUGGAUUGUACAUAUGGAAGAAGGUCGUAUCACAGAACAGGGCACGUAUGCCGAGCUUGUCGAAAGCAAAGGGCGCGUCGCCGAGCUUCUUUUGACGCACACUAAGGACCAUUUCGAAGAGGAAAAGAAGGAACCUAGCAAGCAUCCCAUUGACGAAAUUCAAGAAACGGCAGAGUCGAUCCUCGAUGCAGGCUCAGCAAGCAAUCGCAACAGCGAAGCGUCUGAAAGCACGACCACCACGGUCAACGCCGAAAGCAAGGACACAAGCAAUGCUGAAGGUGUGACCAACAAAACCGAGAAGAAAGAUCUAGUGGCACCUCCUGCUCAAGCCAAGAGUAAAGCUCUGAUGCAGGACGAAGAGCGGUUCAGUGGUUCGGUCUCACGAACCACUUAUCUCUCAUACCUCAAUGCUGCACCUCUCUCAAUUCUCCUCCCGCUUUUCUUGGUAGCCGUGCUGGUCUUCCAGGGGUCGACCAUCAUGUCUCCCGUAUGGCUUCUUUGGUGGCAGAACGGACACUUUGGCUUGCAGCAAGGAGUUUACAUGGGCAUUUACGCCGUGUUCGGCAUCACCCAGUCGCUCGGAUUGCUCAGUAUGGGUGUCAUAUUCUCUACCUUCACCAUCAAGUCGGCGACCACUCUGCAUCACCGUGCUUUGCAGCGUGUGCUCCACGCUCCCUUCUCAUUCUUUGACACCACACCGCAGGGUCGCAUCACGCAUCGUUUUAGCAAGGACAUGGAUACGCUCGACAACAUUAUCGGCGAAGCAAUGCGCACGCUCAUCGGUACAAUUGUUCAAGUUAUCGGCUCGAUCGUCCUGAUCGCGAUCUUGACACCUUACUUUUUGAUUCCAGUCGCUGUUAUUCUGGUGCUGUACUUCUGGAUCGCUGCCUACUACCGUUCAACGGCGCGCGAGCUGCGUCGUAUCGAUGCGGGCCUCCGUUCAAACAUGCACGAGCACUUCAGCGAGUCUUUGCACGGCUUGGUAACCAUCCGAGCGUUUGGGAAUGUUGACGCGUUCAUCGCUGAGAAUUGUCGUCGCAUCGACAAGCAGAACCGUGCGUACUGGCUUGCUCAGACCUGCCAGCGCUGGCUUUCGGUCCGACUAGACUUCCUCGGUUCUCUGUUGAUCUUGUCGGUGGCAAUCUUGGUAGUUGCGUCUCGUUUCGACAUUAGCCCAGGAGAGACGGGUGUUGCGCUCUCCUACAUCCUCACUGCACAGAGUAUCUUUGGCUGGAUGAUCCGUCAUGCUGCCGAGCUCGAGAACAACAUGAGUGCCGUCGAGCGUGUUUUGCACUAUGCGAAUCACAUCGAACAGGAAAAGCCGUAUCACAUUCCUCAAGUCGACGAUGCAUUGGAGGCGAGAGAGUGGCCGGAACGAGGCGAGAUUCGCUUCGAAGGCGUCGAAGCCAAGUACGGCUCUUCGGAACGCAACGUGCUAGACAAGUUGGAUCUUCACAUUGCACCCGGCGAGAAGAUCGCAUUCUGUGGACGAACGGGAGCGGGCAAGAGUACCCUGGUCACCACCCUUCUACGUACGCUCGAGUUGAGCGCGGGCACAAUCACCAUUGACGGCAUUGAUAUCGCUAGCAUGGGAUUGCAUCGUCUGCGCAGCUCGCUCUCUCUUAUUCCACAAGAUGCUGUGAUCUACAGUGGUACUUUGCGAUACAAUCUCGACCCGCUCGACCAGCACGAGGAUGCCACUUUGCACGAUGCACUCCAACGCACUAGCCUGACCGACCUCUCACUCGACAUGACUAUCACCGAAGAAGGUGGCAAUCUGUCCGCAGGUCAACGCUCGCUCAUAUCUCUGGCUAGGGCGAUGGUACGCAAGACUCGAAUCGUGAUUCUAGACGAGGCUACUGCUAGCAUUGAUCAGGAGACCGACGUGCAGAUCCAGGAAGUGCUCCGAAACGAGUUUGAUGGUAUCACUACCUUGACCGUUGCACACCGAAUCCAGACCAUCUUGCACUCGGAUAGGGUUUGCGUGCUGGACAAGGGAGUUAUCGUCGAGAUCGGAUCUCCAGCAGAAUUAUGGGCCAAAGAGAAGGGUGCCUUCAGAGCGCUCUGUGACAGUGCCAACAUUCGUUACCAGGAUGGUGAAUGGAAAUAA